AUGUUGGCAUUAUUAAAUGGCGGUACCCAUCCAGGCACGGGAAAGCGGAUUCUGAGACCAGAAACGGUGCGGAGCUAUGUCUUCAAAGACUUCAUCCCCAUGUUGGAGCAUCGCCUGAUGGGAUUGGCAGAUGCACCAAGGGCCUUUCACCAGGAGCCUCAAAUGCAGGGGAUGUUGGACAUUCAUUUCGAGAUUCCUUGUCCCCUCGAGGCUGGAUCAUGGGCAGGGCUGGGCAAUCUGUACUACUGGAUUGAUGCAAACAAAGGGAUUGCCGAAAUAAUUGGAACCAGCCGUUCCAUCUCUGGCUGCUCAAGUGUACGAUCUGCUGGCGACAAGGCAGGAGAAGUGCAGCCCUCAAGAAAGAUCAAAGUGUAUCAGGAGACGGUGACAGUCUACAGCUGA